AUGAAAUCGGCAUUUAAUAUGCCCCCUAAAAGCAAAUUCAGGCCUCCUCGAAGUCCUUAACUAGAACUUACUCUAGAUUUAUAGAAAAGUCGUCACAAUAGGAGCUAACUUGAAAACUAGAGUGUCUAUCCUUUAGGAGUAUAAGAUGAAUUUCAGCAAAUAACUGGAAAGGAGCCUCAACUUAAAUUCAUAAUAGGUGGUAUACUAAAUUAGUUUAAAAGUUUUAGCAAAGACUAGGAUAGUUAAAUGCCAAGAAUAAGCAUUUAAACACACCAAGUUAAUCUGAAAGCUGAAUAACAGGAAACUUAUCGUUCUGCAGUCAAAAGAAAUACUUAAGAUUUUGACUCUAUCACUGAAAAUGAUAUUUCAUUCACUAAUCGGCAUAAAAGUGAUAAUAUCAAAGUCUCAGAUAAUGUUGACUUUGCUUUAGCAGCAAUAUCUAUAGAAGAUUAGAAUGCUAAACAACUUAAUUAGGAAAUUUUUAAAUCAGGCUAGGAUUAAAGAGAAUAAAUUCAGAUUUAUAAUAAUUCUAAGCUCACCAACAACAACCUAGAGGUAGGCGAUUGUGACUUCAAAAAGCUGCCGUAAAUCUCUUGUGUAUCACCUUACAAGCAAGUAAAUCUCGUUGAUUUCCCAAAUAAUCUGAGCAAGCAGAAAUAGUAGCAACGAGAGAAAUCGUUUGAUCUUGGUUCAUAAAAUCUCAGAAGGAAAUAGAUGGAAUUCAAUACUUAAAUUGACAACAUGAGGUAAAGGAAAUACUCAAGCAAGAAACAAAAGCUAAUUUCAAAUUAGUACCUCGGAGACAUUGAGAGAUCUGUUAAGAUUCAUGUGGAUCAUACUGAAAAUAACUUGAGAUUUACUAGCUAAAAUGAUCUGCAAAACAUAUCAUACAAUCAAAAGUUUUAUUAAAAGUCUAGAAUAUAUGCAAAUGAUCAAGAUUCAAUGUAGGGAUCUAGGCCCUAGUCUACUAGAAAGGCAUUUAAAGAUAGAGGAAAUAUAGAUUACUAAACUCUAAGCUUGAAAUAAUCUAGAAUUCAAUCAGCGCAAAUGUCAAAUGAAGAUGCCAUUAAUUCAAGUGCUCUGAAUAUCCCCAUUAACAAUAGGAUAAAUAAUCACUAUAUGCAAGAAAGCUAUUAGACUUUUAUAAAGAGCUAAACUUAAUUCUACAAUGAUGGUGCUCAAAGGGAAUAAUUCAGGAUUGGAGUAGAUUCUAAAGUUAUGAGAUAUGUAAAUAGGUAAGGAGUGCCAGAGGAAGCAAAAUAUUAAGGAAGUUAGAAUGAUUAAGAAUAUGAUUAGCAUAUGCAUACUUUUCUGAGAAAUGAAUUUGAUAGAAAAAGCUAAAUGAAUAUUAACGAAAAUGACAGUGAAGAAGAGUAAAAUUUCAAUUAAGAUGGGAAAUUAAAGCCAAGAAUAAAGAAACUCUUAAUAGAAUUCCAGUAGAACAGAAAUUUCUCCUCAUAACUGUCAAAUGAAGAGUUCGAUGAAAUUUAGCAAAUACUGGCUUAAAAACGAAAUCUUUUAACAAAUAACUGCAGAGUAAAAGCAGGUCGACUUAAAAUGCAGGCAGAAAAUAAAAUAGGAUUUUGUAGCAGAAAAGUAAGAUCGUUUUAGCUAAGACACUGUGUUAUCAAAGGACCUCUUUUCAAAUUCUACUAAGAUAUUUUUAACACUAAAUUAGAUGGGAUUUUAGACUUCGAUUUACUGACGAUUGAUUUAGCCUAAGACCCUGAAAAUUUGUGUUUCAAGUUUAUAAUUUACGGUACUUCAAAGAGCUUCCUAUUUUAAGCUUACAAUAAAGAAGACUACCAGGAAUGGACUGAAGCAAUAGCAGAAAAUUUGAGUAAAAGCAUUGGAAAAUAUCAACAAUAGUUUUAAAUUGUGAGAUAUCCUAAGUUUUGGAAAAAUGAAAGAAUUUCUGAUAAUUAGUUUUAGUAUAACGUUGAUAGUGGGGACAUAAUGCUGUUUAAAGGCAAAAGCUUCACUUCAAAGUUUAACUAGUUCUUGUAAAAUAGUGAAUAUGGUAAUAACUAUACUUAAUAUUAAUUCUUUAUAGAUCAUGUAGCUUUAUUGCUUAGGUAUAGUAGCGGGAAUGUGGUACUAUUUGAGGCAACAGGAGAAACUGGAGUUAUCUUAACUGACUGGAACGAGUUUCUUCUGAAUAAUUGGAUUUCUCAAUAUCAUAAAAUUGUCUAUAGAAAACUAAAUUGGGAUAGACCAGCUGAUAUCUUAAUUAGACUUGAAAAUUUUAUAAGAGUAAUAUAAAUUUAAUCUUCACCAAUUUAACUGUUUAGACUGCUUUGGGAAAGAAAUACAAGAUAAAAACAUCUUAGCUUUGCUGCAAUAGAUUCAAGGUUCAAAAUGAGAAAUCUGGAGAACAAGAAACUUACUUCUGCUCUGAAUUAGUAGCUGCAGCUUAUUAGUAGAUGGGUCUUUUGA